CGCUGAGAGCAGGGCGGGGCGGGGCUCUGCGGGAGAGGAGCCGCAGGGGCCGGGCUGCACUACAGCCGGAGAUGCUGUUGGCCCGUGGUGGCGCUCGGCCCCUAGCGCUCCGCACUGAGGGCAUCCAGGCAGCGUGAUUGCUGAGGACAGAAGAGUUUGAUGACACUGCACUGAAGUUCUUUGUGUGGAGUACACGUUAUGAACCCUUUGUGGAGCAUGUCUGCAGGCUCUGUGCGCAAACGAGCUGAAGGUGAAGAGAAGACAUUAGCAGGGGAUGUGAAAACCAGUCCUCCACGAAGUGCACCCAAAAAACAGCUACCUUCUAUUCCCAAAAAUGCUCUGCCCAUAUCGAAGCCUACAUCUCCUGCCCCAGCAGCACAGUCAACAAAUGGCACCCAUGCCUCUUACGGACCCUUCUACCUGGAAUAUUCGCUUCUUGCAGAAUUUACAUUGGUCGUGAAGCAGAAGCUGCCAGGAGUCUACGUCCAGCCAUCUUAUCGCUCUGCAUUAGUGUGGUUUGGCGUAAUAUUCAUACGGCACGGGCUAUAUCAAGAUGGCGUAUUCAAGUUUACCGUGUAUAUUCCUGAUAACUAUCCAGAUGGCGACUGUCCACGCUUGCUGUUUGAUAUUCCCGUCUUUCACCCACUAGUUGAUCCCACCUCGGGUGAGCUGGAUGUAAAAAGAGCAUUUGCAAAGUGGAGGCGGAACCAUAAUCAUAUAUGGCAGGUGUUAAUGUAUGCAAGGAGAGUCUUCUACAAGAUCGACACAACGAGCCCCCUAAACCCAGAGGCCGCAGUGCUGUAUGAAAAAGACAUUCAGCUUUUUAAAAGUAAAGUGGUCGACAGUGUUAAAGUAUGUACUGCUCGUCUGUUUGACCAGCCGAAGAUAGAAGACCCCUACGCCAUUAGCUUUUCUCCAUGGAACCCUUCUGUACAUGAUGAGGCCAGAGAAAAGAUGCUGACUCAGAAAAAGAAGCCUGACGAACAGCACAAUAAAAGUGUUCAUGUUGCUGGCCUGUCAUGGGUAAAGCCUGGCUCAGUGCAACCUUUCAGUAAAGAAGAGAAAGCUGUAGCAACCUAAGAGAUGGUGGAUCUGGUGCACCAUGCACUUUCCUGCUGGACUCUGGCCUAGUUAAAGCUGACUAACGGCAAAGGACUGCCUGAAGAGUAAACUUCGUGAACAGUGACUGGCUAUCAGUGUUGUGUAUGCGUAGGUUCUAACAGCAGGUUAUGGAGACCUCUCAUUAAGUAAAGCGUUACUUCUGUCGGAAGUGUCAGGGUGGAUCUAGUUCAGUACUCCAAAUUAUUGGGGACCUUGAGGCUUAAGUAUUUUUCUGAAUAUGUUAGAGGUAAGUUGUGUUUACUUAAACUAACAGAACAGAGAGAAAUGAGUACUGUGUAAUAGCUUGGAGUUGGUAGUUUCAGCUGUAUAUAUGUUAGGCCAUGAAGAAGGGUGUAGACAAAGACUCCAGAGUGCAGCACUUUCAAGUAGAAGACUGGCUUCCCAGCUUCAGCCUGCUGACCUGCUGUAAACAUCUCUCUCAGAAGCAUUAGGAAAGUAGGCAGAACCUGGAUGCUUGUUCAUAGAUUUUUUUUUUUUUAAAGGUAAAUUACUGUAUUUUUAUGGCAGGAAGAAGAAAAAAGUGUUCAAACGGUUUCUGAUGAAGUCAGGUAUUUAAAUGGUGAAUGACCGAUGUGUUAGUGGAGAUGAAAUAAACCAAUAAAUGAUUGAUUGUCAUUUAUGCAGGAAAGUAAUGCUCCUUUUCAAUAUAACUAAACAGAAACUAAUUUAUAAGUGCUUUAUUGAAAAAUACACAUAUUUUCAUACAAAAUUACAGUAGCGGUACUAAGGUUUUCUAAGUGCUCUGCACGGCACUCCUCUAGGGGGCAGUGCGAGGCUGGAGGUUCUCAGCUGGGUGCUUUAGGGCAGCAUGAAGUUACCUAGUAACUUGGUUUAACAUGAUCCAAUUUACAAUUGAAUUUUCUCCUUAGGAUUAUUAAUCCAACUUAAAAAAAUGACUUGACAAUGAUUAAUAAAGAUAUGUGUAGAUAAUCAAUAGCUGUUAAAUAAUUUUCUAAUUUGUAUAAAUGGUACUAUGUACUAAUAAAAACCUAAAUUCUCCAA